CGAAUUGAUUGCGUCAACGUUCCAUCCUUCAUACUAUCCAGAGCGAACUUUUGUGGUGUUGGAUUCCGGGCUGGAUCGAUGUUGGGUUGGAUACAAAUGCUCGGCUGUGCUGAUUGAUGUUUGACGUUCUCCAACACUUGCUUCACUCUUCGUUUAAAAGCUCAAUCCCUCUCGAUAAAUUCCCACCGCGACCAAACGCGUCACGACCACCGAACAUCGUCGGAGUCCUUCUACAGAACGACAACGACGAUGGAGAGGAAGAGAAAACUACCGGCCCGCGCUGCGCGUGUGGAGUCUGCCAGCAAAAAGCGAUCGUCGACGCCUCCCCAACAGCCAGCUCAAACCCAGAUACCAACGCUGCCGCCUACCCAGCCUCUGGUGCAAGAGAUUUUACCUCAGAGUAUUGCGCCUGGCAAGCCUCUACCAACGAUCGAUUCUCCGCAGCCAGAAAAUCUGCCUGAAGACACAUUUCAAACAAUCGCCGAGAGUGGUGUUUUAUCUGAGUCCUUACACCGUUCACGACAAAAAUGGCUGAGCGAAGGCAUCUUCGAGAAAUAUUGGACGAAACCAACGAAGAGAAAGGGUGCUCCAGAAGCUCCCCCCAAUAAUCCUCCGAAAGAGUCUAUGACAAAGUUGGGUCCGGUCACUAUAUCUGCAGACCCUCAUAGUUUCGAGGCAACGAUGUUUGCCGUAAAGGCAGCUCCUCUGCAGUCUGCAAUUCAUACCUCCCAGCAACCUAUGUAUCGCCCUAUAAUACAAUAUGGUCCUCCUGGUGGAAUGAUGCCUCCACCACCUACUCCUGCUCCUAUUCUGCAGAAGCCAAAUCCUCCUCCACAACCCGCUCCGCCAGUAUCUCCUCGGAAUCAAGACGUCCAAAUGGCAAAUACAAAUACACCAACUGGCAGCAUCACACCUGUCGGUGCUCAACCCAAUUCUUCUGCACUGAAUGGCCGCCCGUCAUCUCAAUCCACGAGCAAUCCGCAGGUACAAUCUCCUAUAAAUGGUCAUACAACUGCGCCGCCACCACCGCCUUCUGGAAGAAGUGAUCCGGUUAUUCAAAUGUUGGCAGAGAGAGCUGCGACUGAUCCGGAUUUGAAGGCGCUGAUGAAAACGGUGGCAAAUGGAGAAGCUUCGCCAGACCAAUUAAGGAAGUUUCAGGCUCAUAUCGAUGAGCUUACUCGUAUACAAAAGCUUCGUGAAGCAGAAGCUAAACCUAUACAACGACCAACACAACCUCCUCCGCCACCUCCAGCCUCUGCUGUCCCUCAAACCAACGGUCACAGCACGGCUCGUCCUAUGCAGACCUCCCCUGUGGCUCCGAAAGUAGCACCGACUUCGAUAUCACACCCAGCCAAGCCUGAGCAACCUCAGCCACAAGCUCUCCGCUCCAAGGGCCCAGUUCCCUCUACGAAACCCGACAUCACAAAUGUUGUCUUCGAAUUUGCGGGUGGAAAUGGCGACCGGUAUCAAUUUCCAAGACACAGCAUUCUGGAAUAUCUUCCUGGUGGCCAGGUCAUUGCGUCAUUUUUGAUUGUUCGUAAAGGUAGUAGUGCGGACUCUCCGAGCUACGAUCCCGAGCUCGAUUACUAUCAGCCGAUCACCAUUCGACUGUUUGCGUAUCAAGGGCGUCAACUUGAAGCUCUACAGAAAGUCGUCGCUCCACCUGAAGAGGUGCGGAGAUAUAUGGACGAUGUCAUGGACAAUGCUACCAGGGCUGAAUACGUUUUGCUCGCUAUGCGUUUGCCCAAGGAUAAAGAGCAGACCCCACCAGUGGAAAGUAUUGAAGAAGCCGAGAAGGGUGAUCAAAUAAAUCAUCAGAUUACACCAUGGGCCACGACUACUUCUACGCCCAUUCCAAAGGCCGUCAAGCCACCAAAGAAGUUCGUCAGCGAAGAAGAGCAGUAUCAGGCGUUCAUUAAUACAGUUACUCCGGUUCUAUAAAAGGAUAGUGGGAGUGGGUUGGAGUUGAUUUCCUUCUUAUCAUGGCGGCGGAGUAUGGGUAAUUUGAACUACGGAAGUGCUGGGUAGGCGAUGGAAUGGGCGUCUCGUAAGCCACAGGGCUAUAUAGGUUUGUCUCUCGGAAAGGGUAUGUAUUCUAGACAGGGCGGUCGGUAUCUGGGAGUCUCAAAAAUUCGAGAUCAGUUGCAAGAAGGCUCCGUGCCAAUGAUGCCGGAAGCACACGUGACAGCAUCCAAAUGCUUACCAGCCUUGUCACCAGUGCAUGUUCUUAAAUCACUUUUGUUUGCAUUUCGUGGUUAUGAUUGGAAUAUAGAAUUUGGUCUGUUCUUGAGUGAGUCGUGCUGGAAGAACCUUCUACGACAUCAUUCUAUGGAUACCUGAACAAAUGACUCGGCACUUAUCAUUCUCAG